GAUCUUUUUCGAGACAUACUCUAACUUUCUGAGGUGUGUUCAUCCAAUCACUUAAAAUACUGAAAAUCUCCUAACCUUUUAUUGUGCUGACGUGUAAUCAUCACGUCAUUUCUUUCUACUGAUUCAUCAAUGUUAUUGUGUACAAAUCCAUCCUAACUUCGGCUAUCCUUCCUAGAAUGUUCAUUCUGCCAUUCUAUGAAUAGUUAAAUUUGACAACUUCAUCAAAUUUCGUCAAUUUUAGUUAGCCUACAUCUUUGUAAACUUCCAUAUCAAUCAACACAUUCCUGUCAAAUCUAUGAGAACCGAAUUGGUUGAUUAUUCUGACUCAGAUUCAUCUGAACAAAGUGUAUCUUCAUUAUUUGAACAUAAAAGUGAAGAUUCUGUUGAUUCAUCGGAUCAAAUUCCACAUGGUGCCUUACAAGAUGAUUAUACAAAUAAGGAAGAUUUUUUUAAUUUAAAGGAUGCUGAUCAAGAUGGUAACGAUAAGUUCUGGACGUCGACAAUACAUAAUAAUGAUUUACUACCGAGUAAAAUACCAGUUAUUAAGGAAGAUCAACUGUCUUCAUCAAUAAAAGAAGGAGAAAGCACAUUCUAUCAGAAAAAUGCUUCCAGUCAAAAGAAACAAGACGCUGAAACUACACAUUGUAACAAUAAAUCUUCCAUUGCUUAUGUAAUCAAUCAUGAGGCGUCUAAUAUUUCGUGUACAAAUGAAACUUUAAUCUAUCCUCGUUUAACUCUUCAUUGGCCAUAUCUUGCAUUAUGUGGACCAUUAUGUCGACAGUUAGAUCAGUCAGCUGAUCAUGUAUCAUCUCAUAUCUUGAUAUGGAAACUUCCAUAUCAUCAUACUUUAAGUAAACCUACACUAAUCUGUGACCAUGAAAUUCAUAUAAACCAUCAACGUUUUUUCUCAUCAUCAUCAGGAGCAGCAGCAUCACCUUCAUGUUCGCCUAUAAGACGAGAUUAUUAUUGUUGGACAAGAUUUUUUCCUGCUGAAAUAGAUUCACAAUGUUUACAAUUAAUAACAGCUACCAGUAUGGGAUACAUAGAAAUUUGGGAUAUUAAUUAUGGAUACCAAACGAUUAAUAAAAAUACAUGGAAAAAAAUUCGAGAAUUUAAUGUUUCCUUACAAACUGGUCCAUUAUUACGCUGUGCAUCAUUACCAAUUGAAGAAUCAUCAAAUAGUUUGCUAACUAGCGGGAUUAGCGGUAUAAUUAGCUUAUGGGAUCUACGUGUGCCAAUGUCUAGUCGACCUCAGUUGAAAUUUUCGCAUACAGAAUUAAAAGCUUCAAUGGCUGAUCUGCUUUGGCUGAAUCAGUAUCAUUUUAGUUCAUGCUCAGAUACUGUGGAUCGUAAUGUAUGUGAGCAUAAUGUAGGUGUAUGGGAUACACGCUUUGCCAAACCAAUAUCACAUCAAUUAUAUCAAGAACGUUGGGGAUGCAAUAGACUAGCUUUAAAACCGAAAUCUUAUUCCAGCCAAACAAUUUGUUUUGCUGUACAAACUCAAGGUGAUGCAAUUAUAGAAAUUAAUGGAAAAAGUAUGAAACGAUCUACAACAUCAAAUCGAUUAUCUUAUCAUUUAGAGAAACGUUGGCGUUAUGAAGGUCAUCAAAUUCAAGGUCAUCCUCUAGGUUUAGCCUAUAAUCCUUCAGGAAGAUUAUUGGCUAGUGGUUCAUGGUCAUUGUCUAGUCCAGUUAUAUGGUGGUCAGCUAUGCUCAAAAAUAACACAUGUCAACCAAUGAUAACAUCAAUGUUGAAAAAGUUGCCAGAGAUUAAAGUAUCUCCAAAUUCUAUGAUUACUGAUGUAGUCUGGAUACCGAAUCAAUUUGUUCCCAAUGAAUUUGAUAGUCUUAUAGCUGUUCAAUUAAAUGGCAAUAUUAUUGUAUAUAAUAUACUAUAAUUACUACUUACUGACAUACUUGUUGUUCUCCGUUGUUUUAUUGAAUCGAAUUGUUUGACCUCUAUUGGCAUAUGGGCUGUUAUGUGGAUGCCUCGAUAUUGAUUGCCUGGAUGUUAAUUAUGAUAAUUUGGCUGGUUGUGGCUAGCAGAAGAAUCCAAGACGCGCGUUCCGUCUUAUUUGGGACACGUCAGCUGGAUUCACCUGCACCCCAGUGAUGUUGUUCCCACCGAGACUCGAACCUCUUACCCAUCGCUUCAAACGUCAAGGCGUUGUCCAGUGUGCCACAGAGGAACGAUAACCACUUCUUGUACAACGGGUCAUAGUUAUUACUAUUUAUUGUCAUAGUUGUUAUUCUCCGUUGUUUUGUUGGAUUGAAUUGUUUGACGUCUAUUGGCAUAUGGGCUCCUAUACGGAUGCCUCGAUAUUGCCUGAAUGUUAAUUAUGAUAAUUAUUAAUCAUUGUUUGUGGCUAG